UGCACCAGAAGCGAAGCUUUUCUUUUAUCUGCAACCACCUUCACCCAUGAUAGAUGGAUCUUCUUUGGGCACCAUGCGCAUCCUAGUUUUGUUGUUCGUUUUCGUGGGCCAAUCUAUGGCGUCUAGCUCGACACCUCUGCUUAGCUGGCAGUUAGACGGGAACAGUCGCUCCGCGUGGGACAUCCUGUGGGCUUGUUUAUCAACAAUUUUUGCCUGCACAUGGACACUUCUUCACAUGGACGUUCCUCCCCGCAAUACGUCCGUUGCGAAAUGUACGAGUAGUAAAAUGCGUAUGUGGGUUCUAACUAUCUUAGCCCCUGAGCUUACCUUCCUACGAGCGACCGGUCAGCUCGCCGAUGCGAGAACCUUGCAGAAAGUGUGCAAUAAGGCUCAAAAAACACGAGACACGGACUCAUCAGAGCCAAAUAUAUGGCUAUCACAACGGGCUAGGCCUCUUGAACAAGUCGAAAUUUUGGAUCACGUGGAUUUACAUCCAGUCCACACCGAAUGGACGCUCCGUCAAUGCUUCUGUGUUAUCGCUGGUGGACUCGUGUUGCAGACGCAGGAUGAAUGGAUAUACACAAUCCAGCCCCGCGACAUGAAACGUCUCAUCCAGGCCGAUGUGGUCCACUGUUCAGACUUUCGAGACCAGGAUAUCGAAGAUCGAGCGAAAACAGACUCGUUUGCAAAGUUCGUUACCGUCCUUCAAAGCACCUGGUUCUUAGGUAACGUCGUCGCAAGAUGGGGCUACGAUCUACCAGUUUCACCUAUCGAAUUAUCAACUAUUGCCUAUGUGGCCUGUGCUAUUCUAAUAUAUGGGGUAUGGUGGUAUAAGCCCAAAGACAUGGGCACGCCUAUCGCCGUCCAUCUACGCUGUAUUCGUGAUGAUAUGCCAAUUGAGGUCCGUAAUAUGAUAGAGGGGAAUACCACCGGGUGGGUUCAUGGGCGAGCUCGCGUCAACGAGAACAACUGGGUGUCUGCCUUAUGGAAGGCCGUUCGAACGCCUUUCUUCCGCAGAGAUAUUGAGCAUCUCAAGACCGACGAGGCAGGUGGUAAUGAUCUUAUCAUGACGCCAUUUGAACUCUUCAUCUUUGAUGUGAUAUGCAGUCUCACUGCUCUUCUUUACUGCGGGGUUCAUAUGGUCGCAUGGGAUUUUCCUUUCGCAACUCGCGCCGAACUGAUAUGUUGGCGUGUCUUUUCCCUCGCGUCUAUUACUAUGGUUCUCGUCAUAUGCCUAGUCGGUGGUCUUGCAGACGCUGCAACGCUCCCCAACUCAAAGGACCUGUUUCCUUCCUUUAUGGUUGGCCUCACUCGCCCACCCGCUCUAUGGACUAUGCUUGUUGCUACUAUUGUUAGCUUUAACUUCUACGUUAUUGCACGCCUGGGGAUUAUAGGCCUUGUCUUUUCGUCCUUGAGAGCUCUUCCGACUGGAUCCUACACAACCGUGGGAUGGAUAACUAGCAUACCACAUUUCUAAAAAGGAAUGAGUUUAAUCAUGGUGAUACAUAAAUUUUCGAUCCACAGAUAUUCCAAACCACAAGGUUUUGCUUAAGUA